UGGCCUUGGCCUGUGAGUGGAGAGAUUUUUCUGCAAAGUCUUUCUGGCCACAGCCGAAAUAUCGGUUUAGCCAACUUGACUUGCUUUCUUCCUUGUUCGUUUUCAAUUUCACCGCCUUGAUAUAUAUAUAUAUAUAUAUAUAUUCAUUUCAGAACCUAAAGAAGGCUUCACUCACUCUCAUCACUCUCUCUUGCUCGCUCGCUCGCUCUUGCUUUUCGAGAACUCAGCAACGAUCUACAUUCUUCAUUCGGCUAUGUAUUGUAGUAGCUGGUUUCAUUGGUUUCUUUCAAGUGUUUGAAUUGGAGUGAGAAUUAUGAAUAAGUAAGAGUGACCUUUUUUGGUUUCGGAAUCUGUAGGCAUAUAUUCUGCUAGACAAUCAUAUCAUAUGCCAGGGAACAAGUAUAACGGCAAUUCAUUAACGCCCAGAACAAGAGUAGAAAGACUACUGAGGGAAAGAGAAUUAAGAAAAUCGAAUCGGUCUAUCCAUUCGAAUGAAGAAGCAAAGGACGGAAGCAGACAGGUUGAAUUGUUUGGGAAUGAUACACUGUUAGGGGAGGGUGACACUCCAGGCUUUUUCAAUGAAGAUGAGAAUUUAGAAGGGGCAACUCCAAGGGUCUUUCUUGAUGGCUGUGAAAGGCAAGAUGGACAUGGACGACCUUCUAAGCAGCGUUUGUUGGUUGUAGCCAAUAGGUUGCCUGUGUCUGCAAUUCGAAAGGGUGAGGAACAAUGGUUACUUGAGAUAAGUGUUGGGGGUUUGGUUAGUGCACUUCUAGGGGUGAAGGAGUUUGAUGCUAGAUGGAUUGGUUGGGCUGGUGUAAAUGUGCCUGAUGAGACUGGACAAAUUGCACUAACCAAAGCUUUAGCUGAAAAGAGGUGCAUACCAGUAUUUCUUGAUGAGGAUAUAGUUCAUCAGUAUUACAAUGGUUACUGUAACAACAUAUUGUGGCCACUUUUUCAUUAUCUUGGGCUUCCACAAGAAGACCGCCUUGCAACCACCCGUAGUUUCCAGUCACAAUUCGAUGCAUACAAGAAGGCGAACCAAAUGUUUGCUGAUGUAGUGAAUGAGCAUUAUGAGGAGGGAGAUGUUGUGUGGUGCCAUGAUUAUCACCUAAUGUUUCUACCAGAAUGUUUAAAAAAACAUAACAACAACAUGAAAGUAGGUUGGUUUCUCCACACACCCUUUCCUUCAUCAGAAAUUCAUAGGACACUCCCGUCUCGAUCCGAGCUCUUAAGAUCUGUUCUUGCUGCUGAUUUGGUUGGUUUCCAUACAUACGAUUAUGCAAGGCAUUUUGUGAGUGCUUGUACUCGUAUACUUGGGCUAGAGGGUACACCUGAAGGAGUAGAGGACCAAGGAAAGCUUACUCGUGUUGCAGCGUUUCCAAUUGGCAUAGACUCUGACCGGUUUGUUCGAGCUUUGGAAAUUCCUCAAGUCAAGGAACACAUGAAAGAACUGAAAGAGAGAUUUGCUGGUCGGAAGGUGAUGCUGGGGGUUGAUCGUCUUGACAUGAUCAAAGGAAUUCCACAAAAGAUUUUGGCUUUCGAAAAAUUCCUAGAGGAAAAUCCAAGCUGGCGUGAUAAAGUAGUUCUACUUCAAAUUGCUGUGCCAACCAGAACAGAUGUUCCAGAAUAUCAAAAGCUUACAAGCCAAGUUCAUGAGAUUGUGGGACGCAUUAAUGGGAGAUUUGGAACUCUUACUGCUGUUCCCAUACACCAUCUGGACCGAUCUCUUGACUUUCACGCAUUGUGCGCUCUGUAUGCUGUUACUGAUGUUGCACUUGUUACUUCUCUUAGAGAUGGAAUGAAUCUUGUGAGUUAUGAGUUUGUUGCUUGCCAAGCAUCCAAGAAAGGAGUUCUCAUUCUGAGUGAGUUUGCAGGUGCAGCACAAUCGCUUGGUGCUGGUGCCAUUUUAGUAAAUCCAUGGAAUAUCACAGAAGUUGCUGCUUCCAUUGCUUAUGCUUUGAAUAUGCCAGCUGAUGAAAGAGAAAAGAGACACCAGCAUAAUUUCAUGCAUGUAACAACUCAUACAUCUCAAGAAUGGGCUGCAACCUUUGUUAGUGAACUUAAUGAUACUAUUGUGGAAGCUCAACUGAGGACUAGGCAAGUUCCACCUCUACUUCCUAUGAAAGAAGCCGUUGAUCACUAUUUGGAAUCCAAUAAUAGAUUGCUUAUACUGGGGUUUAAUGCCACAUUAACAGAGCCAAUUGGCGCGCUUGGGAGAAGGGGUGGUCAAAUUAAAGAAAUGGAGCCUAAACUGCAUCCAGACCUCAAAGAACCAUUGAAGAAACUAUCUGAGGACCCUAAAACAACUGUAGUAGUUCUAAGUGGCAGUGACAGAAAUAUCCUAGAUGAUAACUUUAGUGACUACAACAUGUGGCUAGCAGCAGAAAAUGGGAUGUUUUUGCGUCUUACUGCAGGGGAAUGGAUGACUACAAUGCCUGAGAAUUUAACUAUGGAAUGGGUUGAGAGUGUGAAGCAUGUUUUCGAGUACUUUACUGAAAGAACACCUCGAUCACAUUUCGAGCUUCGUGAGACAUCACUUGUCUGGAACUACAAGUAUGCAGAUAUCGAGUUUGGAAGGCUUCAAGCAAGAGACAUGCUGCAACAUCUCUGGACAGGUCCAAUCUCAAAUGCAUCUGUCGAUGUUGUCCAAGGUAGCAAAUCUGUCGAGGUUCGAGCAGUUGGUGUUACUAAGGGUGCAGCAAUUGAUCGAAUCUUAGGAGAAAUAGUUCACAACAAAGGCAUGAAAGCACCUAUUGAUUAUGUCCUAUGUAUUGGACACUUUCUCCCUAAGGACGAAGAUGUGUACACAUUUUUUGAGCCAGAGCUACCAUCCGAAUCGCCACCAACACCAAGAACCAUACUAACCAAUUCAAUCACUCCAUCGUUGCCAAAGUUUGCAGCCAGCAAAGGUAGCUCAAAGUCGUCUCGCCUUAACAAACAACGCUCCAUGUCUAUUAUAGAGAAGAAACAAACUACUACUAGUAAUAACAACAACAACAACAACAACAACAACAAUCAUGGGAGUUCGAAUUCUUGGAAGCCUACAUGGCGCGACAAGAUGUCUCUACAUGAGGGCUCUUCUGUUCUUGAUCUCAAGGGUGACAAUUACUUCUCUUGUUCUGUUGGACGAAAGCGUUCUAGCGCACGGUAUCUACUCCCGUCAUCAGACGAAGUUGUCACUCUCCUAAAGGAGCUGGCUGAGGGUGUUUAGAAGGGUCCAUUGAUGCAUCUUCUACUAGUACUACUCUUCUAAGUAGAGACCCAAAUGGCUGACAUUUUUACAUUUUGCUAAGCACAAAAAUUUUCAUUUUUUUUUGUCUUUUGGAUGUGUAGUAAGUACUACACAGAUGUAGACAUGUUCAUUUCGUUCGUUACUCUUUUGUAGCUAUGGAAACCUUGUGAUAUUCUUUUGUUGAAAUAAUAGUAGAAAGAGAGAGAGAGUGGGAGAGAGGAUAUAAUACUUAGGCAAGGCAAUAUAUGUUUAGUCAAAUCUAAGGUGAAAAUGUUAAGAAUUUAGGAUCCAAUUAUUUUGGAAUGAGUUCUUUAGAAGAAUUUGAUCACUUAGCUAAUUUUCUAAGAGAAAUGCUAGCAAUUUUUUUUUA